AUGGCGCUCCGAAAAUUGGCCGCCGCCGCCGUCUUCGUUGAAUUAAAGCACCGUACAAGCCCACCGGUCAUCGCCAUGAGCCGGAUUUUGCAUCGCGAUCCUUCUCCCGGUAUCCGUCGUUUCAGCACUCCGGCUCACGGCCCGGCGGUCCUCGGUCGCAAUAUGGAGCAAAACAACAUCAACAGCAACGGCGCCGCUGAAGACAAUCUCAUAUUUGUGGUGGAUCGUAAAAACAACAAUCUAUCCUUACUCUCAAUUGAAAACAAGUCGCUCCAACUAGUGGUGUUGGGCUCCGAGGAUGAAGGUAUUACAACUCCGUCCAAGCUCCUGUGGGACCCCGCGACCGAUGAGGUCCGGCCCAUUCCUCAAUUUCCGGUGAAUCCUCACUUGCCCGUAGAAUACUCUUUGGAUUUCCUUUGGGGCGUUGGGUUUGACCCUAGCUCAGGGGACUGUAAGGUGGUCAGGGCUUCCCAUCUUGAUUAUGGUGGUCGUGAGCCCCGCGAAUUUAGAGGGGAGUUGCUGUCGGUCGGCACCGGUUCGUGGAAGGAAAUCGAGUUCCCCUAUGAUUACGAAGACCUAUUUAGUAUCUCCAAGUACUGCAUUCUCAUUAGCGGCUUUUGUUAUUGGCACGGUUAUUUAUUCGAUUCUGAUUGUCACAUUAUUAUUACAUUUGAUUUCGGCCGUGGAGAGUUCCCGGCUGAUCACAUUCCCUUCCCGAACGAGCACACGCACCCGAAGAUGGUUCUUGCAGAGUAUCACGGGUUGCUUGCUGUUAUUUUGCAGGAUUAUGGGAUUUAUAAAGAUUCUUUGCGGGUCGAGAUUUGGGUUUGGAGCAAUGGGGACCGCAGCUGGUCUCACUUGUCCACAUUCCAUGUUCCGGCGGAUGUUGAUGUUAAAGAGGUUGUGGGUCUCUACAAUAAUGACAAAGUGAUUCUCCUUGACUCUAAAGGUGCCAUUCUGCUUUAUGAUUGUCGGACAUCCGAGUUGGAGAGUUUCGGUGUAAUCCGUGAUUAUAAGCAUGAUUCCAAGUAUGACAGUUUUAGGGUUUACCCUUAUUAUUCUAAGAGCAAGCCAACUUGA